UUCCAGUAGAGUGACCAUUUUAGGGAACAGGAUAGAGAAAGUUUGAGAGAGUUAUAUGUUUGUCUCGUUACCGUUACACGAUUUUGAUUUGCCCAUUUCAAUGAUAUUGAAACCUUAACCGGUUCCAUUUAGUUAAACUAUUGAAAUACACACGCUACAAUGGGUUAAAUUUGGCACAGGAAUAAAUCAUCCCAUCCGUUUGCUUUAAGCAAGUAACUUCGACUUACUAUGGCGUGUUGAAUAUGUUUGGUGGGCACUGUAUAGUUUAACGUGCUUUGAAGUGACGCUGGCUAUUGACAAUAUGGUUAUAAACGGCCAGUUUUUAUUCAUAUUGUUAAAUAUUUCCAAUACAAUGACACCUUUAUGAAAGCUGGAGGGGAAGGGGUGUGCAUGUUACUGUUCCAACGCAGAUAAAUGUGGCAUUGUACUUUUAACGUUUCUGAAAGAUAUGGGUUCUUCCUUUUCAGAUGUUUAGUACACAGCGUGUCUUUAAUAUUGUAUAUCUCGGCAAUGUUAUUAAACUUUUCUGAAGUCAGCAACUCCUUUACACUUCGAGCAGAACUAUCCUGUCCGUGAUGCCGAGUUGGCCGAUUCAUCUCCAAUUGCUUUUAUUUGCUAAAAGUCAUCAACGCAGUAAUGUUGGAAGAGACUUGGUGAAGAUAACAAAGGCACAUUGUCACUUCGGGCUGUGCAACAAAUCCUUAAUUACAAAAAAGAGAUCAUCUGACUUAAACAUCCAAUGCAAUGGUCUCCUGGCGGCAGCCGUGCUUUGAUCACGUAAAUCCAAUUAUUUGUGUAUAUACAUUUCCCACAUAGUGAUUACUUCAUUAAUUGUCCCGCCUUUAUCUCCUCCUUUACCAUCCCCCCUAAUAAUCAGUUCUUUUAUACAUACCAACAAACACGCCAUAGGAGCUUUGUGUAUUCAAAGGAUUUGGUUUCCCUUCUGAAAGACCCGCUAUUCUUUGAUGAUUGGGCAGCGGCAAACUUCAAAGCCAUAAAUCUUUCCCCUGACUGGCUGGCGGUCUACCAAAGUCUUAUCAAAUUCUAAGAAGUGAUCCCUCGACCACAGAUAUUCCAAGGAUAUCUCCGAAUAGCAGGAGGAAAGAAAGCUCUCUAUGCGACUGAUUCCCUUUAGUACAGCUUGAAACCUUGAAUCGAGUCUCCUUUCAACAAUUUGUAUAGGGAAUGGCUGCUGUGGCUGUUCUACGCAAUGAUUCUCUGCAAGCUUUUCUCCAGGAUCGUACGCCAAAUUCUUCUCCGGAGUCCGCCAAGCAGUCUCCACUGGCCCUCUUAGCUGCAACAUGCAAUCGGAUCGGACAGACUGGGUCAACGCAUACUGAUCUCUUCCAGGUCCCUUACGAACCCACCCUGAGCUCCCCGUCCCGCAUUUUUCACCCUUGGAGUAACGAGAUCCCGGCUAACCCAGGGGGGAUUUCAUCCCACUCCAGUUUAACUUUAACUCCUCCGAAGGUUCAUCAGCUACCGCCUCAUAUUCAGGCGUCCUAUGGGUCUCAUGAACUUCCUCUAACUCCGCCGGCAGAGCCGUCGUACCCAUUCGAGCUCUCCCCCGUCAAAAUGUUGCCUUCAUCUAUGCAGACCUUAGCUUCAAGCUGCCAGCCAACCUACGUCCCCGCGGUCAACUAUGGUACGCCGACUCCUAUCAGUUCAGCUAUGUCAAGCUUUGUCCCAACUGGAUCCCCUUUACUUUCUCAUCAACACAGGCAUAUGUCACCCAACCAAGUGGAGGACAUCCCGUGGUGGAGCAUCCAGCAGAGUAGCAGCUCCAACCAUGCCUCAUCCAUUGCACCUCAUCGUUUCCCUCUCCAACGAUCCUUGGUUUUGGGUCAUUCAGACUUCGCCCAGUAUCAAACCCAGAUCGCGGCCCUUCUCCACACGAAAUCUCCUAUGGCUACUGCCAGGAGGUGCAGAAGGUGCCGCUGUCCCAAUUGCCAGUCUUCGAGCAGUGGAGAUGAGCCCGGGAAGAAGAAGCAGCACAUUUGUCACAUUCCGGGGUGCGGGAAGGUUUAUGGCAAGACGUCUCACCUGAAGGCUCACCUGAGAUGGCACACCGGCGAGAGGCCCUUCGUCUGCAACUGGUUGUUCUGUGGCAAAAGUUUCACUCGAUCAGACGAGCUCCAGAGGCAUCUGAGGACUCACACUGGGGAGAAACGGUUUGCCUGCCCAGAAUGUGGCAAGAGAUUUAUGAGAAGCGACCAUCUGGCGAAGCACGUUAAAACUCACCAAAACAAAAAAACAAAACUUAGCGUGGAAAAUGUGAAAAGGGAAGAUGGGAAUAUGCCAGGGCACAACUGAAUAGUGGGGGUGGGGUACUGAAACAAGACUGUGCGGGCUGUCGAUGCAACAAAUAGCUUUGGUGGUGCAAUAUCCUUGAAAAAAGAAUAUUUUAAGUGAAAGGAAGGUAUUUCUGUAAAUACUUUCAUAUAAACAUGCUUCAGUUAAUUUCACAGUUGGUCGCUAUGCUUCGUUACGAAGUUGUAUAUAUUUAUAGGGACGUUAAAUAACGCAAGUUCUUUAACUCGAGGAUUUCAACGGCGUCUUUGGUGAAAGAUAAUAACUGCUGUGCAUAGAGUAUUUAAUAGCUUUGAUUGAAUGAAAGUGUUUUGCCUUUAUCCUAGCUCAAUGGGGAGUUCUAGCAUGCUUUUUAAACUCCGCACUCGUGUAAACUGAAACGACCUUAUACUGGUGUGAAAAUAAAAAAAAAAUCCGUUUGGCUUAAAUUAAACUGCUC